AUGUCUGAGGAUUAUUUACAAAAGGGGUUCGAUUAUAUGAACCUGAAGGUCUCUGAACUACGAAGGAUUCUACAGGAAAAUAACAUUGUUUAUCCACAAUCUGGUAAAAAGGCAAGAUUACGUGCAAUAUAUGAAGAUAAGUUAAUACCGAUGAUUCCAGAGAUUAUUCAAAGAAGAGAAAACGACUUAUCAACUACACCUACUCCAAAGAAGAGAAAAAGAAGUGAACUGGAAACAAAUGAUCAGAAAGAGGAAAAUGAUAGUAACUCUUCCGUUUCUUCCUCGUCGUCCUCCCAACAUGAAACAAAUAGUAUAGUGAAGAGAACAGUCACUUCAUUCACUGAUGAUGAUGAUGAUGAGUCCAUGUCAUCGAAGGAUUCGUUAAGGAAUGUUGUGGUUCCUCAGAAAAUUUCUACCCCAGUAUCAAAGAAACGUAAGACUACAGAUAAUAGUAGAAGUAGUACGGGAACGCCUAUUGCCAAUAAAGUACAAAAAAAGAAUCUAUCGUAUACAGCUGGACAUAGAGCCGAUAUUUCUUCAUUACCAUUAUUAUCUUCUGAUGAUAACGAAGAUAAUGAUAACAGUAAAGAUGACUCUAUUUCUGCGAAUAUAACGAAUCAUGGGAAACAGAAUCAACAAACUCCAGUAUUUGAUUUUUCAGUACAGAGGAGAACCUUAUCACCAGAUUUGAAUAAAUUGAAAGUAUCGUCUGGUUUUGCUGAAAGAUUAAUAUUCGCAAAGAAUUAUGCUAAUGAUCAUAAUAAUGAUGACAACGAUGAUGGGGAAGUAUCAAAAUCGAAUGAACCUAUGAAAGUGACAGAUACCUUGAAUAUUAGGUCAGGGAAACCAACUUUCCAAUUACAACCAUCUAUUGAAAUUUCUGAUUCCAGUGGAAGUGAUUCGGAUGAUAAUAAACCAGAAACAAAAUCUCCAUCUUAUAAUAAAUCAUUAGAAAAUCAAGGUAUUACAGAUAAGGGUAUUGAACCAAAUGUAGAUGAUAAUAUAGAGAAUUCAUAUAAUGAUAAAUUUCAGCAAUUGGAACAUAAAAGAGACGAGCUCAAGGAAGAACUCGAGGAUUACAACGAAGAGAGAGAGGAGCUCGAAGAAGAACUUGAAGAACAAAGAGAAAAAUCUGAACUAGAUGAAGAAGAUGAAGUUGCUGAACUUGAUAAUGAAGUAGAACAUCAACAGGAAGAACAGCAAAAUUUAGCAUUAGAAUUGGAUAAUGAGUUGGAUGAUGAAUCUGAGAAAGAUGCAAAUAAUACUGAAUAUGAGAAGUUACAUCAACGCCCAGAUGAAGAAUUACAAAAGGAAAAUUCAAAGAAAAUUACUAUUCCUAUUGAUCAAAAAGAUAAUGAGGUUGAUAAUAUGAAAAUUAAAUCAGUUACAAGUAAAACAAGAAAUACUUCUGUCUCCUUUGCUGCUCGCUUCUCCAAAUUUUUGUUUAACUUAGUUUUAUUUGCUAUUUCUCUGAUCGUUUUAUCUAUUCCAAUUCUACUGGGUCUAUGGUACAGAGAGCAACGAGUUACUGUUGGUUAUUGUGGAUAUGAAAGACAAUGUCAAACAUUACUUGACAUAUACCCAUCGGUUGAACAAUUAAGUUAUAUUGAUGAUCUAUUAAAAGAAUACACUCCAAAAUGUAUUCCUUGUCCUGAAAAUUCUAUUUGCUAUCCAUAUUUAAAAUUAAGAUGUAGGCCAGGGUAUACGCUUCAGAAAUCCAAAUUAAGUUUGUUCGGAUUAAUACCCAUGAGUGAUAGUUGUGUCAAAGAUGAUAAAAGAGAACAGAUAGUUAGAGAAAUGGUUCAAAAGUCAUUAGAAUUUUUAAGAACAAAAAACGCAGAAAUCUCAUGUGGGGAGAAUGAGAACGAUAUAGAAAGUGGAAUUUCUCAAAUAGAUUUAUACAAUAUAUUUUCGGAAUCCCGCGCACCAUGGAUUGACAAUGAAGAAUAUGAAAAGUUGUGGGAAGAAGCAUUACAAAAUCUUGAGAAUAAACCUGAGAUUAUUAUGAGGCAAUUACUCCAAGAUGGAUCUGACAUUCCAUUCAACACCGACUUCGACAUACCCACCGAUGACUUUCAAUGGGAGGAGGGAUAUAUUCAACAAACAAAAGGGACUAAAGAAGACAAAUAUAUUCGAUCUACAAGCAAGAAAUACGUCGGGUUAAGAUGUAGAUUUGAAAAAGAAAUUAGUCAAACCUACAAUGAGUAUAAAGCUACUAUUUGGUUUAUUUGUUUGAUUCUUGUGAUGAUACAAUACGUCAAGUAUAAACUAAAAUCUUAUUUCGAUCAAAAAGCUAAGAUUGUUGAACUAACUGAGGAAACAUUAGUAAAAUUGAAAAAGAAUAAACAUAAAAAUCCACCUUAUAUCAGUACGGUCCAGUUACGUGAUAUUUUACUUAAUGAUGUGACAAACCUUAAGGAAAGGAACGACCUAUGGAACGAAGUAACAAAAAGGUUGGAGGCAAAUAAUACUAAUAUUAAAUCUAGUCUAAAGGAAAUCCAUGGUGAUAUUAUGAAAUGUUGGGAGUGGAUCGGUCCAAUUGAAACAAAUGAAGAACGAAGAUCUAGUGUAGAAGCAUUUCCACUGAACGAAAAAGAAUAA